AUGGGCGAUUUUUCGGCAAAUUUCAAGCGACCCGAUUCGGGCAUCAACACGGUGGAGGGCAAUGUAGCGGGCAGUCGAGCCGCCAUGUUGGAGAAGAAACGCAAGAAGGAGCAAGAAGAGUUUGAACAACGCAAAUUGGAAAUUUCCCGCAAGAACAAGACGACAACAAUCGAUGGCAAAUUUGCAUCGGGCACUACCAUCUAUAGCAGCAGCACAAGAAGCCGAAGCAAGAAGAAAGCCUUCUUGGAACAAAAUCCAGACGAAGAGCUGGAACCGGCGAUGAAAAAGAAAAAGACUUCCAAAAAAGAAAAGAAGAAAAAAAACCAAAGCCAAAAAGAACUACUCAGUACGUUGUCAUUUGCCGGUGACGAGGAAGAAGCGGCACUGGUGGAAGCCGCUUUGGACGAUUCUUCGGCUCCUUCCAAAUCUAAAAAAGAUCCCGCGGUGGAUACUUCGUUCUUACCCGACAAAGCCCGUGAUUUGCAAGUCAAACAAGCCCGUGCAAAGCUAGCAAAGGAAUGGAAGGCCGAACAAGCAAAGAUGCAGCAGGAGCAGCUGGAAAUCACUUAUUCUUACUGGGACGGAUCGGGACAUCGAAGAUCCGUGGUUUGUCAAAAGGGAGAUUCCAUUGGAGAUUUCCUCGAGCUCGUUCGAACCAAAUUGGCGCCGGAGUUCAAAGAACUUGGCAGUGUUGGAGCCGAUGCACUCUUGUAUGUCAAGGAGGAUUUGAUCAUUCCACAGGAUUUGACCUUUUAUGACUUGAUUGCUACAAAAGCAAGAGGCAAAUCGGGUCCGCUCUUCCACUUUGACGUACAUGAAGACGUCCGUGUUGGGGCUAUUGAUUCCAGAGUAGAAAAGGACGAAUCCCAUCCCGGUAAGGUAGUCGAACGCAGGUGGUACGACCGCAACAAACACAUAUUUCCAGCCAGUCGAUGGGAACUCUACGAUCCUACCCAAGAAUAUGGAAGCUAUACCAUUGGGGAUUUCAACAAGAACAAGAAAUAA